CCCCGAGAUUCUUUUUAAGGAUCAAGUUUGAAAUCGUAAAGUUUCUAAUCCCCACACUGCAAUUACAGACUGGAUUCGUUUCUACCGUCUUUAUUCAGGCAGCUUAAUUUUCUAAUUCCGGUCACUUCAGCCUGGAUUGUAGUCGGCGUUGCUGAAUACAGAUGACUUGUGGGAAGUGUAGUUCAUAAUAGUUUGAGAACAGGGAUAAACGACACAUUCUGUAAGCGAAAAACGCAUGACUGUGUGUGUUUGUUUCCGAUAGAGGGCGCUGCGAACAGUUGAGCAUUUCUCCCACGAAGAAGACGAAUAUGUAAACGAAGAAGAAGCCGCCUAGUGUAGUAACAUGGGGGGAGUAGAAUGACUCCAGAACGUCGCUGUUGAACCUGAGCUGUUUUAUAAGUCGCCGUCCUUGUUCCGGCUUCGUCGGUCAGUGUGACAAUGGCUCACCGCUACUUGCAGCUGUCGGCGGGCUGCAUGAACACUUUGAGACUUUUUAUGGCACCUUCUUUCGCCACAAGAAGGCUGGUGACAAGACAGGCGGUGAGUGGGCGGAGCCUGCUGAGUGAGCUGCUGGUGGCAUGCAGGAGUCUAACCUCCAAACCACCUAAAGGAUUUGAGAAGUAUUUUCCUGACAGUCAAAAAAACUCCAAAGAGAGCCACUCCGAAGGCAAAGACACCAAAGCUGCCGAUGCUCCAAGAGCGACGGGAAAGUCCGAAGGAGGAGGGACUGGGGGAGAAGGAUCAGGAAGUGGUGGGGGAGGAGGAAAACAAGGAGGUCGAAAGGAAUCACACUGGUACAGCCGCUUGCAGAAGGGAGACAUUCCUUGGGAUGAGAAGGAGUUCCGGAUGUACUUCCUGAGUGGAGUGGCCUUCUGGACUGCCGUCACUUACUACUUCCUUUUCAGAGAUGGAGGCAGAGAGGUCACGUGGAAGGACUUUGUCAACAACUUCCUGUCAAAAGGAGUGGUGGACAGGUUGGAGGUUGUCAACAAGCGUUACGUCAAAGUGCUUUUCGCUCCGGGGAAGGCGCCAGCAGAGGGGUACGUGUGGUUCAACAUCGGCAGUGUGGACACUUUUGAACGGAACCUGGAGAGCGCCCAGUACGAGCUCGGCAUCGAGGGCGAGAGCCGCCUCCCUGUGGUUUAUUCCACCGAGAGUGACGGGACCUUCUUACUGAGCAUGCUCCCCACUGCUCUCAUAAUUGGAUUCCUGCUCUUCAUGCUGCGGCGCGGUCCGGCAGCAGGAGGCCGUCCAAGCCGAGGCAUGGGCGGCCUGUUCAGUGUCAGCGAGACCACUGCCAAAAUCCUGAAGGAUGAAAUUGAUGUCAAGUUCAAAGACGUCGCCGGUUGCGAAGAAGCCAAGUUGGAGAUUAUGGAGUUUGUCAACUUCCUGAAGAACCCCAAACAGUACCAGGACCUGGGUGCUAAAAUUCCCAAGGGCGCCAUCUUGACUGGGCCCCCGGGGACAGGAAAGACUCUUCUGGCCAAGGCAACAGCGGGCGAGGCCAAUGUGCCCUUCAUCACUGUCAACGGCUCCGAGUUCUUGGAAAUGUUUGUGGGUGUGGGCCCCGCCCGGGUCAGAGAUCUGUUUGUCAUGGCAAGGAAGAAUGCGCCUUGCAUCCUCUUCAUCGAUGAAAUUGAUGCUGUGGGCCGUAAGCGGGGGCGGGGAAACUUUGGGGGUCAGAGUGAGCAGGAGAACACGUUGAACCAGCUUCUAGUCGAGAUGGACGGGUUCAACACUGCCACCAACGUGGUGGUCCUGGCAGGAACCAACCGACCGGACAUCUUGGACCCAGCACUGCUGAGGCCCGGGCGUUUCGACAGGCAGAUAUACAUCGGUCCUCCUGACAUUAAGGGACGAGUGUCCAUCUUUAAAGUCCACCUGCGUCCUCUUAAACUGGACCCCGUCAUGGAUAAAGACGCCCUGGCCCGCAAGAUGGCGGCACUCACACCUGGUUUCUCCGGCGCCGACAUUGCUAACGUUUGUAACGAGGCGGCUCUCAUCGCCGCUCGACACCUUUCUGAUGCCAUCGAGCAGAAGCACUUUGAGCAGGCCAUCGAGAGAGUUAUCGGAGGCCUAGAGAAGAAGACCCAGGUUCUUCAGCCUGAGGAGAAGAAGACUGUGGCCUAUCACGAGGCCGGCCACGCCGUCGCUGGCUGGUUCCUGGAGCAUGCCGACCCCCUGCUAAAGGUGUCCAUCAUCCCCAGGGGGCGGGGCUUGGGUUAUGCACAGUACCUGCCCAAAGAACAGUUUCUGUACACCAAGGAGCAGCUGAUGGACCGGAUGUGCAUGACGCUGGGAGGACGAGUGUCAGAGGAGAUCUUCUUCGGCAGGAUCACCACCGGAGCACAGGACGAUCUCCGCAAGGUCACCCAGAGCGCCUAUGCCCAGAUUGUCCAGUUUGGGAUGAAUCCCAAGGUCGGCCAGGUGUCAUUUGAUUUGCCCCGGCAGGGAGAGAUGGUUCUGGAGAAACCUUACAGUGAGGCCACGGCACGCCUUAUCGAUACAGAGGUCCGGAGCCUCAUCAGUGAGGCCUACAAGAGAACUCAGCAACUUCUGAGUGACAAAAAGGACGAGGUGGAAAAGGUGGCCUUGCGGCUGCUGGAGAGGGAAGUUCUGGACAAAAACGAUAUGAUAGAGCUGCUGGGGAAACGCCCGUUCACGGAAAAGUCAACGUAUGAGGAGAUGGUAGCUGGAACGGGAAGCGAGGACGAGGACACCACACUGCCUGCGGGACUCAAGGACUGGAACCGGGAGAGAAAGGACAAGGAGGAGAGCCAGGAUGAGCAAGUUGCCCACCAGAUCUCUGGAGGAAUGCCCUUCUAGAACCACGUCGGGCAUGGACUUAUCUCCCUCUAAAGGCGAAGAAUCCUUUCAUCGUCCCAAGGAAGUCUGUUCUAGAUCUAAGUUCUGAUGUCUUUUGCUAAAUGAGUGAACACAAAAGUACACAGGUUGUGAUCCAAAGCAGUAACGAGCUCUAGAACCCAAAAGAACCUUUCAAACUGAGCGGUUGCACUGGGAAGGUUCUACUUGAUAGUUUUGAAGUGGAAGAGGAGAACAUGUUAAUUUAUUAAUUAGCAUGAUGCUAAUGCUGUUUCAGUGAGAUUUGCGAACCAAACCUUUUGCAAACAGAGGACUAAUCACAUGUUCCUGAAACAUGCUAACCGAUGUUGUAAUAUACAUGAUCAAUUAUUUGUCAAUCAUUAAACGCUUCAAGAAAGCAA